UGUUUAGAAAAUGAUAACACACACUCUAAAUAUACACAAAGCCACAAAGUGAAAUGAAAUUAUUAAAAAAUCCAUAAAUCCACAUUAUCAAAAUGAAAAAAAAUUUAAAAAUAAUAUUUAACCUAGUGUUAAAUAUAAUAUUUUCAAUAACAAUUGUUCUAUUAAAUAAAUGGAUUUAUCGCAAUAUUGGAUUUCCAAAUAUAACCCUAUCAAUGAUACAUUUUUUAGUAACAUUUUUGGGUUUAGUAAUAUGUGAAAAAUUUGAUAUUUUUUGUAUAAAAGAUGUUGCAAUUAAAGAAAUGAUACCAAUAGCAGUGUCAUUUUGUGGUUUUGUUGUUUUAUCAAAUUUAAGUUUAGCUCAUAAUACUGUUGGAACAUAUCAAGUUGCUAAAAUGCUCACAACACCAUGUGUUAUUUUUCUACAAAUAUUAUUUUAUAAAAAAAGCUUUAGUUUAUUAGUUAAGCUAACUCUAUUACCAAUAAUCUUUGGAGUUAUUAUUAAUUUUUAUUAUGAUAUUCAAUUUAAUAUUACUGGUACAAUUUAUGCAACACUUGGAGUAUUAAUAACAUCAUUAUACCAAGUGUGGGUCAAUAGAAAACAAAUGGAGCUACAAAUGGAUCCAAUGCAGCUGUUGUAUUAUCAAGCACCAUUGUCUGCUGCUUUGCUACUUGUUCUUGUACCAAUUGUUGAGCCAGUUCAACAAACAAUAACUCAUAGCUGGUCAUACAUGGACAUUCUUAUGGUACUCAGCUCGAGUGUUGUAUCUUUUUUUGUCAAUCUAACAUCAUACUGGAUCAUUGGACACACAUCACCACUCACAUAUAACAUGGUGGGACAUGGUAAAUUUUGUUUAUUGAUUAUUGGUGGAUCCAUCAUGUUCAAUGAAUCAUUGGAGUUCAAUCAAGCUAUUGGUAUCACUUUGACUUUGAUUGGUAUUGUUUUAUAUGCUCAUGUUAAGAUGAAAGAUAAUCGAAUAAUAAUUCGUGAAUCAUGUAAUGAUGAAGAAAAAUCAUUUGUUCAUAAAAUAUAAAUUAUUUAUAUUAGUUUUUAAUUUGUAAAUAA